AUGGAUAUCAUAACCAACAUUAUUGAAGAUGGCAUAUAUAAAAGAGAUGGUAUUUUGGCUCAAUCCACAAUCUUUGGAUGGAUUUUAUCAGGUGUCAUACAUAAAAAGGAGAAUCCUAGAAAAGUUAUAGUAGCAGUUACGAACUUGGAGCGAUUUUGGGAGCUGGAAGAACUACCUACAAAUUCCGAAGACUACGAAGAAGAUAAACUAUGUUUAGACCUCUUCAAGGAAACCACCGAAGUAGACGGUGACAAUAGAAUUGUAGUUAAUCUACCUAUUAAAAAGGAUGACAAUGAACUUGGUGACUCCAGAAAACAGGCGCUAGCAAGACUUCUAUCACUGGAAAGAAAACUAGAAGCAAAUCCAAAGUUGAAGGAAGACUACCAUAAAUUCAUGAAGGAGUAUCUACAGCUUGGUCAUAUGGAGAAAGUAAAUAUAGCGAACAGUGGUAAAUAUUAUUUACCUCACCAAGCAGUUAUAAGAGAAGGCAGUCUGACUACAAAAUUGAGAGUAGUGUUCGACGCAUCCGCAAAGACGUCAAAUGGAAAAAGCCUAAAUGAUGUCAUGCAUAUCGGUCCUAGGCUACAAAAUGACAUCUUUGAUAUUCUUACCAAAUGGAGGCUGUGGAAGUUCGUAAUUAUAGCAGAUGUUGAGAAAAACUGGUGUAGUAGAUAA